UAUACUACAGAGAAGUGCAUCAACAACAUCUGUGUACUCGGAUUAUUACUUUAAUAUCGACGGGAUAAAUAAAUAUCAGUGUUUAUUACACUCACUUACCCUACAGGACAUGCUCUAUAACAGCCAUGGAAUGAGGAAGACAGCUCAAGGGAUUACGCUUCACCUGAAGAAAGUAAUUGCCAGAUAAACAGCCUGAUUUCACUGACCUUCAAUAGGCUUAGAACAUAAGCCAGACAUCGUGAGCAGUCAAAAGGAAGAGUGUUAUUUCUUGAUGACAUGGACAUGAUUAUCUUCUGUGUGACUCUUGUCAAGGAAGCUAUGAGAUGCUUUAUUUCUGGUUCACAAUGAAGUAAAUUCUCUAAAUGAAGUCUUCUGAUAUAUUUUUCUUUUGGACCAUCCUAACCUGAAAUACAUUUUUGAGGCUACCAUAUCUACUGGCUGGCAAAUUGAGGACUAUUACUUCUCGCAGUUAUGGACAUAGUUGCCAACUUCCCACUCUGCACAUGGAGCUAAAGAAGCAUUUUUGUGCUGAUAAUAAUUAUCUAAAUUGUCGAAUAAAUUCUUGACCAACCUGAAUUUAAAGACUUUGUGUACUUUAUAUAUCUGAGCUAGGGCUGUGCAGUAUUGUUUGUUAAUCGUGAUGACAACAUUGACUAUUGCAAUAGAGACGCCACAGAAAACUGCGAUGAAUAUUAUUGAGUAAUUUUGUCAGAAGGGUUGUUGUGCAGUUCAGGGAAAUACCUGAUAUGGCUGAAAGCAGCUGAUGCUACUUGUGAAGCUGAGUCAUGUGUGCACAGCAGCUAGUGCUAAGGCAGAGAGCAGAACUGUUGGGGAGACUAUGCUGCGGUGGCACCGCUGAACCUUUGGAUUCUGUGCUCGACCUGCUGCUGUCCUGGGAUGUCCUUGUCUGGGAAGACUACCACAAUGUCCAGGGUCUCACUAUACCCCUCUGCUCCAAAACUAGAGACCUUCUGGACUUGGUGUACAACAAAGGAGAGGAGGCCUGCAGUCUGCUGCUGGCAGCUUUUGAUCAAGUCUUACCUGAGUCCCAGAAAGCUGGACUUUGCUUUGGGAAAGGUAAUUCAGGGCGAACGGACAUAAAAAGGACUCCCAAAAGUGCCACUGAGGCUUUAUUAAUUGAUAGACCAGCACUGGUAAAGAAGAUUCGGGACCAUCUUGAUGGGGUGCUGGAUGCUCUGAUGGACGCUGGUUGCUUUACUUCACAAGACUGUGAUGAGGUGCUGUUACCCGUGUACACAUGUUCACAGAAGGUUAGAAAGCUGUUAGAUCAAGUGAGGUUCAAAGGGGAGAGCGCUGCCAACACUUUGCUGCAGUAUCUUCAGCAAAUAAACAGUAAGCCUCAACCCAAGAAAGAGGAAAAGCAACUCUCGACUGAAUGCCUCCUCUACAAGAAGAAACUUUGCAGCUCUGUUGCUGCUCAGUCACACUUUCUCAGCACAUAUGGUGGAACAGGACGAUUUUCCCUUGAUGAUAUCUAUACUGAUGGCCUCCUAGAAGUGGUGCAAAGUGACAGAGAGGUCGCAGCUCUGGGGUUGCAAGAUGUGGUGGGUCAGCUUGGAACUAUUAAUGAGGAGGCUGAUACAAUCCUUGUUUCUGGGGAAGCAGGUACUGGUAAGAGUACCUUGCUGCAGAGGCUCCACCUGCUGUGGGCUCGAGGAACCUUGUUGACAGAUAUUCUCAUGCUGUUCCCUUUCAGUUGCCGCAAACUGAAUGCUGAGCAGAGGAUGCUCUCGUUAAAAGAGCUCCUGUUCCUGCACUGCUGCUGGCCGGACCGGGGUCAAGAUGAAAUUUUCCAGUUCAUUGUUGACCACCCUCACCAAGUUCUUUUCACCUUUGAUGGGCUUGAUGAGUUUCGGCAAAGCUUCACAGAUGAAGAGCGCCAUUGCUGCCCUACACAGCAAGCACCUGUACACACUUUGCUUUGCAACCUGCUUCAAGGUACCUUAAUGAAAGGGGUAAAGAAGGUGAUAACCAGCAGGCCCCAAGCAGUGGGUCCAUCUCUGAAAUGGUAUCUCCGCAAGGAAGUCCUGGCCAAGGGUUUCUCUCCUGUAGGAAUUGACCACUUUGUAAGGAAACACCACAAUGACACCACUGUAGCUACUCAGGUUGUGGAGUCCCUCAAGGCUAACACAGCCCUACUUGGGCUCUGCCAUAUUCCUGUUUUCUGCUGGAUUGUAUCAAAGUGUUACAAAGAGUUGCUCGGAUGUGGAGAUGGCAGCCCUCAGACGGUCACUGAUGUGUACCUCAUGGUUCUGAAGCAUUUCUUCCAGAAGCAGGUGCCUCAGAAACACAGGACUUUGGGACAGGGAUGGCUGCAGGAACAUCUAGAGAUGGUGAGAAGACUAGGACAGUUGGCACUGGAGGGCUUGGAGACUUCCUGUUAUGUAUUCACUGAGUCAAACUUGCAGAAAUGUAGCAUAACGGAGCAGGACAUUGGUCUUGGAUUCCUUAUACACUGUAAGGACCUCUCAGACUUUUCUGACUGCAAGCAUUUUGAGUUCCUGCACAUUACCAUGCAGUGCUUCUUUGCUGCUCUCUACAUUGUUCUCAACAACAACAACAACUGCUCUGUCAUCCUAAAUCUUUUCCAGUCUCCGUGCCAGCAGCCAACAGUUCUUAAUCACAACUGUCUUGUCUACUGUAUGAAGCCUGUAGUUGAUGAGCGCAAUGUAGCAGAGACGCCAAACCUGCAGAUCACCUCAGAGUUUGUUGCAGGACUUCUGUCCCAGCGCUAUCGCAGUCUCCUCACACAGUCCUGUCCUGCUGCCUUGCUUGAGAAGAAAUCCAACCAAGUCAUGAAGUGUUUGUCAAAGGGUAUACAGAGACAUUUCAAAUCAAUUCCACCACCAGUGAAGGGUGAAAAGAAGAGCAUGCAUGCCAUGCCGAGUUUUGUAUGGCUCAUUAAGUGCAUCUAUGAGAUGCAGGAGAGCAAAAUUGCUCAGGGUGCAGUGGCAAAACUAGAAGUAGAGCACCUCAAGUUAAUAUACUGUAAUAUUGGGCCAGUGGAAUGCACUGCUCUUGCUUAUGUACUCAGGUACCUGCAGAAUCCUGUUGGAAUACAGCUGGACUUCAACUCAGUGGGGGAUGUGGGGUUGGAACAACUCCUGCCAUGUCUUCAUAUCUGCCACUCCCUCUACUUGAGGCACAAUAACAUCUCAGAUGAAGGAAUACGCAAACUUGUUGAGAAGGCAGUGCACUGUGAAUGCUUCAAGAAAGUAGCGCUGUUCAACAACAAACUAACAGACGAAUGCACAAAGUAUUUUGCCUGGCUACUUAAGACAAAGAAGAACUUCCUUGCCUUAAGACUUGGAAACAACAACAUCACAUCACAGGGGGCCGAGCAGCUGGCAGAAGGACUGAGGUACAACACAUCACUGCAGUUUCUCGGGCUGUGGGGAAAUAAGAUUGGAGACAGCGGUGCUGAGGCUUUAGCUGAUGCACUGAAGGACAGCACCACGUUGAUAUGGUUAAGCCUGGCGAAUAACUGUGUCGGCAGCGCAGGAGCGUGUGCUUUAGCAGAGCUUAUUAAGAGGAGCACCACACUUCUGGAGCUCUGGCUGAACCAAAACUCCAUUAGCAGGGAUGGUGUCGACUGUCUAAUCGAGGCUUUGAAAGUGAACUCUACUGUAAAGGAAGUGUGGUUGGGAGGAAACAACCUGAGCGCAGAGGAGGUGAAGGAACUUCGUGAAAAAGAAAGCAGACUCGUCUUCUAAGGACGACGGAAUGAUGUCAGUUAUAUUCUUCAGAUUCUAUGAUUGAUGUGCUGUUUCGACAUUUGAAGCUUAAGCUUAAGAUGUUUGAAGCUUAAUUUUAUUUUUUUAACAUUGAAUGUAAAAAAUGUUUAACCAUCCCAAAAGUGCAUUAAAACAUCUCAUCUCAUUAUCUCUAGCCGCUUUAUCCUGUUCUACAGGGUCGCAGGCAAGCUGGAGCCUAGCAUUAAAACAUCUUAGGGAAAAUAUAUAUUUAUAUACUGGGAAAUACACCACUUGUGAGGAAAUCGAUGAAUUGUUUUGAUAAAUUUGGGGAAUUUUUGUUUGUGGGUGUGUUGAUAUAGUAAAAAGAAAAUCACACGUUGGCUUAAAGAUAUGAAGUUUAUCUUCUCGUGUUGAAAAACUCGCAUUUUUUAUACGAAAUACAUCACGGAUCUGAGUGACAUAUUUAAAUAAUAUUGGCUGGCUUUUUUUCGUGGUCAAAGUCCCCUCUUGCGCCAGGAUCUGGUCUUCCCAGGCAGUCUCCUGUCCCAGUACUACCCAACUCCUUGAGGUGCAUGAGUGCAGUACCGAUCUCUGUUUCCGUAGCCUUUGGCCUCUCACCUAUUAUAUAGCUAGGGUUACAGUGGGGGGCGGGUCCUCUGAUAACCAUGAGAGUUUGACUCCCCACUCACAUCUGUAUUGCAGCGUGCCUUGCCAGAUGGCAGUAGGUACCAUUUUUAUGAUGGUCUUUGGUAUGACCCGACCGCGAGUAGAACGCGUGAUCUCCCGGUCGAGAGGCGGACACACUAACCACUAGGCCAGCUCGUGGUUUUUUUUUUUUGUGGUACAUUCCAUUCAGCUAGCAUGAUAUUGAACGAGUUGAAGAUGAGUAGCUGAAUGGAAUAUAUCUGAUAUACGAUGAAAAAAAAUCCAACUAUUAUUAUUAUUAUUAUUAUUAUUAGUAUACAUUCCUUUCAGGUGUUCAAUGCGUCUUUCUCUUUCAAAAUUCUAUCAAAAUCUUCCGUAUUUAACGAAGCAAACCUGGCGGCCAUGUUUGUUUACAAAUUGUCCCAGUCACUCGCUAGUGUGGAAGUUUUACAUCCCUGAUGUGUGACAUCAUGUUGCCUUGACAACCAUCCAUGCAAUAUUGUAAACCAUAUUCAACGCUUAUUCUCCAUUGGGUAGAGUGACGUAAGAUGCAUAGGAAUGCCACUAGAAAGGAAUAGAACACGUUUUUAUUCCAUUGAAAAAGUGUCCUGGAUGUAUAAUAAUUCCUGAUAUUUCACUCUGAUGAUGUCACUCUGAGUGUUUUCCCGCUGACUAGAUGUGCAUUGUCAAAAUGGCGAACCGGUUCAAAAUUAAAAUUAUUUUGAUUAACUUGCAUAUUUUUUUUUGUGGAUGUGUCCAUAUAAUAUAAAUAACAUUAUAUGGUGGCGCAAAGAAGUUUAUCUUCUCAUGUUAAAAAUAUUUUAUACGUUUACCACUGGUGGCACGGCGGUGUAAUGGUUAGUGCUGUCGGCUCACAGCAAGAAGGUCCGGGUUCGAGCCCUGUGGCCGGCGAGGGCCUUUCUGUGCGGAGUUUGCAUGUUCUCCCCGUGUCCGCGUGGGUUUCCUCCGGGUGCUCUGGUUUCCCCCACAGUCCAAAGACAUGCAGGUUAGGUUAACUGGUGACUCUAAAUUGACCGUAGGUGUGAAUGUGAGUGUG